AUGACCAUCGUGCAGUGUGACGAAUGCCGCUUGCGCAAGUCCAAGUGCUCCAAGGAGAAGCCGACUUGUGCGCAAUGCAGGCAGCUGAACAAGGAAUGUAAAUAUAGUCCGAAAAUUACUCGGAGCCCCCUAACGCGACAACACCUGACCUACGUGGAAGACCGUCUACAAGCUUUUGAAACAGCUCUAGGUAGACUCUUCCCAGGUGGUGAUCUGGACGCAACGGCAGAUGGAUUUGAUUGGACUGAAAAUAAAAUUACCGUCGGCGAUCUGACGGAUGGCAUGGCGGCUCUAUCUAUCAAGCCAGAGGGUACAGGAUAUUUUGGGGCAUCUUCAAGUGUUGUGCCGCUUCGAGCCCUAUUGAAGCACGGUUUUGACUUGAACUUCCCGGUAGGAUCAGCAAAACCAAACGCUGGCCCGGAAGGAGUACCCUUGAAGUCUCAGCUUCUGAACAGCGCGCCAUCUGGCGUGAUUGAGCAAGCUUUCAUCGACGCAUUCUUCUUGAACUAUCACAGGAGCUAUCCUUUCGUGCAUGAGGCUACUUUCAGAGCUCAGUUCUAUGAACAAGCCACUCGCCGACAUGGACAGGCGUGGCAGAUACUCCUGAACACCAUUCUAGCAUUGGGGGCGUGGAGUGUUGGAGACGACAACUCAGACCUGGAUAUCACUUUCUACCAGGAAGCCAGGGGCCACUUGCAGCGAGUGUCAGUGUUUGAAACCGGCAACCUUACUCUCGUUCAGGCACUGUUGCUCUUGAGUAACUACGCGCAGAAGAGAAACAAGCCGAAUACUGGGUGGAACUUUCUAGGCUUGGCCGUUAGAAUGGCUAUGAGUCUUGGCCUUCAUAAAGAAUUCCCAGGCUGGAAAAUAAGUCUCCUUCAGAAAGAGAUGAGGAGAAGAUUGUGGUGGGGAGUUUUUAUCUUUGAUAGCGGUGCUGCGAAGACGUUUGGUCGACCGAUACUUCUUCCCGAGGAGAGUGUCAUGGACGCAAAGCCUGUGCUCAACAUCCAGGAUGAUGCCCUGACCGCGUCAACGACAACACUGCCCCCGGAAGUCAACGGUCCAACUAUUUACUCCGGAAUGAUCGCUCAAGCCAGGUUCCAUCUGCUCACAAAUAGCGUCUAUCAGCGCCUCAUCUCCACGCCGCCUCUUACCCCGGAAGAGACACGAAGUCUCCAGAAACCCUUGGAGGAAUGGUACAACGGUCUUCCCGAUUAUUUCAAACAGCCAAGCUUUACAUCAGAAUCCGAUCCUUUUGCUUUAGUUCGAAAUCGGCUUAUGUGGCGACACUGGAACCUCCGGGUUCUACUGUAUCGACCGAUCCUCCUUCGCUGGGCUUCGAGACGAUGGACACCUGGUUCAUUUAAUGAACCGGAAGACCCUCUUGAAGCCGAAUGCAGAAUGCUGUGUCUUCGAAAUGCUCGUUUGACUAUCUCCUCAAUCAGCGAUUUCAUGAGCAACUAUCUCUGCACGAGAAUAGGAGCAUGGUAUAUGCUCUACUUCUUGUUUCAAGCUGGUGUCAUCCCUAUCAUCUUGCUUAUGACAGACCCUACCAGUACGGAUGCCCCAGCUUGGCUUCAGGACAUUGAAGCUACUAAGAACCUGUUAUUGCAUCCUUCGCUGAGUAGCAAUCGACUUGCAGCUCGUUGUCUGCAGGUCAUUAAUCGGCUUUGUUCACCUGCGUACGCGGAUACCGCCGCUGAUAGGCCAGCAGGCCAGCCGCCUAUCUUGAUGCAGUUUCCUGACCAGCUGCUUAACGACCCGACAUUCGGUGCUAUGUUCCCGGAUGUUGAUCAGGAACUGAACUUAGGCGGGAUGGACUUCUCUGAUUGGGUCAAUUAUACCCCACAGGCCCAGUUUCCUUGA